CUGCUGCACACGAAAACGACACUAGGCACUUUUCAACACGCAGAUCAUUUUUCGCGCGAGAGCUAUGAGAAGCAACUAUUUUCGGACAUUCCGGAAAGAAGAAAGCUCUCCAAAAGGACUGGCGAAGAACGAUUCACCACGAAUCAUGGGCAAACACCCGUCUGUCGCGAUUUGGAAUACAACGGAUGACAAUAGCACAAGCUCGACAUUUGACCUAGACGAAGAUGACUUGUUUGCUGACCGCUUUUCAUCUUCGAAAAAUAACUUCGCUUCACCGACUCCGAAGAACAACUGGAGUGACAAGUGGACCAAGUUGAUGAAAUUCGAUGGCAAUUCUAAGAAAAAUGAACCUGUCCAACUGUCAUCUACAUCACCUAAAUUACCUAACUUGAGAAGUGUUCCCGUAAAUCCUCCAAGAAACAAGUUUAUAACCUCUCCCGUUGAUCUCGAACGCACGAGAUCGCCUUCACCAACGGAGCAUACUCGAUUGCCGAAACAUGCUCCUGCGUCACCCAUGCUUGAUUUCCUGAACGACAGGUCCAAGAAGUCAAUCAUGCAAUCUCCAGAUGUCUACAAUGUCUCCACUAGUUCCGAAGACGACGUGUUGCUGAAUCGCACAAUUAGGAAGUCUCCGGAUUACACGAGUGCAGAAACCUCACGUAUUGACAAUGAUUGUGAGAAAGAGGACAAUAACUACAACGCAGUCGACAAAUCGCCUGGAUCUGUCAGUUUAAGUGACAAGUAA